GGCACUGGUUUCGAUUUGACAAAAGCCUGUUAACCUUGUCUAAAACAAAACAAUACAUUAAUUAUGGUGCCGUGUUUAAAAUUCUCUGUAUUCUCAAAUUUCAAUAACACAAACAGUAAACACAACAUUAAUCCGCAAACACAAAUAGUGUCUGGUUUGAAAUGUGUGGUUUGUAAAGAAAAUUUUGUAAAACCAAUGUAAGGCGUAAGUCGACCAGUUUAAUUUUAUUUUAAAUUAAAAAACUUGGAAUCUUGAAUGUCUUAGGUUUAUACAUAGUAGAUACGUGGCUGUUGCAGCUAAACGAUAAAAAUAUUAUAUUUUAAAUAAAUUGAAAAAACAUUGCUUAGCCUAUAAAAUUUUAUAACAAAAUAUGAAUUAUACCUAACUAUUCUAUUCAAACAUUCCCUGGUAUUUGGAGGAUUAAAGUAAAAAAAUAUUUUCUAAUGGAAGCAAAAUUACGAGAGUACAGAGCACUCCGUCGAAGGAAAGAACUGAUAGAAAAUGUAAAACAAAAGCUAGAAAAAGCUAAAGAUAAGUUUGUUGAUUUCCUAUUGCCUGAAACAAAUAUGGAUAGAAAAGAAGAUGAGAUUGUGUUGCUUGAAGAUGAUAGUACACAUAUUGGGAAAUCUGAAUUACAAUUAGAAGAUACAGCAGAAUGUAUUGAAGAGAGUGAAGUCGCACCAACUGAGGAGAAUCAAGAAACAUGGAAAUAUUUUCUUGUGAAAUGGAGUAUUUAUUCUAUAAUAUGGUUAACUCUAUUUAUUUAUUUUAUAAAACUACAGUUUGGUGCUGUAUUCUUUGUUAUAUCAGCACUUGUGGGCAUUUGCUUAAAUACUAGAACAAGGCCCAAGAAAAAAGGCGAGAUUUCUGCUUAUAGUGUAUUUAAUGAGAAUUGUGAAAGCAUCGGGGGCACCCUCAAUGCUGAGCAGCUGCAGAAAGAAAUGAUGUUUGGCUUUGGAGGUGUAAACAUAUUGUAAUCAAUCUAUCUCGAUUUGGCAAUUAUUUUCAAUAUUUCAAGUUGAUUUUGGCAAGGAAGAUAAGUCAUUGUAAACAUUUAGAUAACUUCCAAGCUUUAUAACUUUCGUUUUGUUAAACUAUAUUAAACAUGUUUACUGUAC